UAACAGUGUUUAUGUGUGAGUCAUGUAUUGAACGCACUCUCAGUGUUUGUGUUGAGAGUGAAAACAAGUGACAAAUGUUUUGUCCGCAAAACACAAGACAUUGGACUCAUUGUUGUGAUGACUGCAUGUAAUUACAAGACAACUAUAACAGUCAUAGACAUAGUGUUUGACCAAUCAUUUGGUCCAACCAUUUAUUAGUAUACAUGCGGUACACAUGUUAUGUCUGGGCUUAUGAUCGAUACGGCGGUCAACAAGAAGUCAGCAGCCAUUGUGCCAAACAUUGAUUGUCAGACACAAGACAUUAAGUCAGACAAUAACAAUACAAUGUCGAGCUAUCUCUACGACAACAUCGAUGGACAACCACUUGCUUUCCAUAGAGUCCACAGUUUCGAGAUUUUGUAUCAAAAGAAGAAAAAAAAGGCAAAGUUUGUCGAUAAGUAUGUGAUGGGAGAUGUAGUCGGAGAGGGCUCGUACUCGAAGGUCAAAGAGUGUCUCGACUCACACACACUCGAGAGGAUGGCAGCGAAGAUCAUGAAAAAGAGGAGACUCAGGAAAAUACCGAACGGCGAACAAAAUGUCCAAAGAGAGAUUAAAUUGUUGCGACGUUUGGACCACAAGAAUGUAAUCCGAUUGCAUAAAGUGAUAUACAAUGAGCCGAAAGGGAAGCUCUAUAUGAUAAUGGAGUAUUGUGUGGCCGUUCUUCAAGAACUACUCGACUCAGUUGCCGAUAAAAAGUUGCCUAUAUUUCAGUCACACGACUACUUCUGCCAAUUAGUCUCCGGUCUUGAAUACCUCCACAGUCAGGGAAUUAUACAUAAAGAUAUAAAACCGGGUAAUCUAUUGCUGACAAAUGCCGGUGUAGUCAAAAUUACAGACUUAGGUGUCUCUGAAAUGUUGGACACCUUUCAACAAAGUGAUAAGUGUUACCUGAGUCAGGGAUCGCCCGCUUUUCAACCGCCUGAGAUUGCCGACGGAAACGAAUAUUUUUCAGGCUUUAAAGUGGAUAUCUGGUCAUCGGGUGUUACUUUGUAUAACUUAACAACCGGUAAAUAUCCCUUUGAAGGCGACAACAUAUAUCGGUUGUUUGAGAACAUCAGUAAAUGUGAGCUAACCAUCCCAUCAGAUAUGGAUGAACUACUGCAGUCACUUAUCUGUGGUAUGCUUAAGAAGUCACCCGAUGAACGUUUUUCAAUUGAAGACAUUAAAUAUCAUGAUUGGGUUAAGAAAAAGCAUCCGCGCAUAUGUCCGGCCGUCCAAAUACCUCAAAAACAAGGCGGACAGGAAUUUCGUUCAAUGUCUGUACUGCCAUUUCUAUGUGAUUUGCAUCGACCUAAUUGUGAUAUGAAUGCAACUGACCGUCAAUUGAUGUCAAGUGAUUCGCAAUUAGAUAUAGAUCAACACAUAGAUACGUGUGAGACCACUAUCAGAAACGCCCGUUCCUCUGUACGGUCUCACCGUCGCGUAACGCACAUGAAUAGACUCUUUAAAUGCUUAGGUUUUAAUCGAUGCCAACAGUCCUGACCAUUGAUCACCCGUUCAUCUAAUUUGUUGUCGUGUCUAAUGUGAACUCAUUUGUGACUUAAUGGAUAUUUAAAAUAAUUUUAAUUACAAUUGUAACUAAUUGAAUGCAAUAUUACCGUAAUAGAUUUAUUAUUAA